GAGGAGUGAAUCAAUGCAAACUGAGGUACUCAAGUAUUCAUACCUAUAUAAACUCCACUUCGACAGUCUCCCAAUGCCCAACUCCAAUAAUAAACCUUAAAAAACCUACUUCUCUGCUGCAACAAUGGAGGGAGCAAAUGGGUACAGGAAGGGUCUGUGGACAGUGGAGGAAGACAGAAUUCUCAUGGAUUACAUAAGGGUUCAUGGUAAAGGCAAGUGGAAUCGCAUUGCCAAAGUCACAGGUUUGAAGAGGUGUGGCAAGAGUUGCAGAUUAAGGUGGAUGAAUUAUCUAAGUCCCAGUGUAAAGCGUGGGGAUUUCUCUCAGGAAGAAGACGACCUCAUCAUCCGCCUUCAUAAUCUCCUUGGAAACAGGUGGUCUUUGAUUGCUGGGCGUGUGCCGGGAAGGACUGAUAACCAAGUGAAGAACCAUUGGAACACUCAUUUGAGCAAAAAGCUCGGAAUCAAGAAGCACAAAAGUAAAAGUGAAGGUUCCUCACAGGCACAAUCCAUUGAAGCUAAGGAGGCUCACAGUAUGCCAUUAAACCCAGAUUCUAAACCACCCUCAGAAGACAAAAAUGGAGAAACUGGCCCGGAAGUGAGGGAAGAUCUCCCCAGAAGCAUGACCAUGUUGGCUAACACACAAGAUAUGGAAAUGGGCACUGAGGAUUAUGAGAGCUCUCUUUGGUUUUCUACUGGUGAUUUAGAUCUAAAUGCUCCCAGUUUAAUGCAAUUUCUUGAUGGUCAUGUUCUUGAUUUUGUUUGGGAUGGCUUGUAACCAUUGCUUUGGGCUUUAAUAAAAGUUUUUCCCCCUCCCUUUACCCUCUACCA